AUGACAAGGAUUAUAACUUCCAGAAUUAGUACUAUGAUUGGUAGAAUGGUGUCAAUACAGCAUGGUGCAUUUAUUAAAGGAAGAAAUAUACAUGAAAAAAUUGUCUUAGCAUCAGAGCUUGUGAAUGAGAUGAAUAUUAAAAGAAGGGGUGGCAAUGUGGGUUUGAAAAUUGAUAUUACACAGGCAUAUGACUCUUUAAGUUGGAGUUUUUUGUUUGAAGUAUUAAAAAGGUUUGGUUUUUCAGAAUGUGGGAGAGGAUUGAGUCAAGGUGAUCCUAUAUCACCAAUUUUAUUUUUCCUAGCUGAGGAAGUUAUGAGAAGAAAUAUAUCAAAGCUGGUUCAAAUGGGUAAAAUUCAGCCAAUGGUGAAUAAGGGUGGAAGUCAACCAACUCAUCUGAUGUUUGCAGAUGAUAUUUUCAUCUUCUGCAAUGGUCAUAAGAAAACAUUAGAAAGUCUAACUGAAUUAUUAUACAAGUAUCAAAACUCUUCAGGUCAAGAAGUGAAUAAAGCAAAAAGAAAAUGCUUUGUGGGAGGAGUAUCAGUUUCAAGACAGAAAAUUAUUGCAGAGCAAAUGCAUAUGGAAUUAUCCUUUUUCCCUAAUAAAUAUUUAGGGGUGAUUCAUAAUCAAGGAAGAUUCAAAUCUCAUCAAGUAUGGGGGAUAGUAGAAAUGAUGAAAAAAAUGUUAGCUGGUUGGAUGGGAAAGCUAUCAGCAUUUUCUGCAAGACUGACUUUGGUUAAAUUUGUUUUAUGUAGCAUGCCCAUCUACAAUAUGUCAGUAAACUUCUUAUGGUCAGGGGAUCCUUCUGUGAAAAAAUUGGCGAUUGUUAAGUGGGAUGAAGUUAAUUCUCCAAUAGCAGAGUUACUUUGGAAAAUUGAGAAUGAAUAUGUGGAAUGGACAUUUUUUGUGAGGGCUAAAUACAAAUAUAAGAAUGGGGAGUGGACUAAAUAUCAUAAGGAGUCCACAAUUUGGCCUGGUCUUAAAUGGGUGAUUUCUGAAGUUCAAGAAGGAAGCAGAUGGAUUGUUGGUGAUGGGGAAGACAUAUCUGUAAAGGAUCUAAUCCAUAAUGGAAAAUGGUGUGUCCCUGAAGCAAUGAUGCAAUACUUUGAUAUUAGUGAAUUACCAGUACUGGUGGGAGGAAAGGAUAGAAGAAUUUGGUCAAAGGACAAAGUUGGUAACUUUACUGUGUCAAAUGCAACCGAAAUGAUCAGGAAGAAGUAUUCAGUUAAAGCUUGGACUCAACAGGUGUGGCAACAUUGCAUACAUCCUUACACAUCUACAAAUCUAUGGAAGAUACUAAAAGGUGCAUGUGCAACAGAAGAAUCAAAUUUUGAUGAGUUUUUAAGUCUUGCAAAAAGUAAAAGCCCCGUUGUUAAAGAGGAGAAUUCACAGAUGUGCAAAGGAAGGCAGUUUCAGAAUGAGGGGCAAAAUGUGGGGGAAUAUGUUGGACUUACAUAUAGUGUUGCAUUUUGGCAUCUCAGGAGUAAAAGUGAAAUCUAUAAGAUUGAAACAACGUUUCUUUCAUUUCCCUCUCAAAACCAAACAUUGAUUUGUUGUCAUGGAACUUCUAAAGGUAAUCCAGGAUUGGCAAGAAUUAGUUUUGUUGCUAGAAAUCACUAUGGAGAGCAUAUGGGUUCAGCUUCAGGUGGACUUGGGAUUUCCACAAAUUACUUGGCAGAGGUGAUGGCUCUAAUUAUUGCAGGUGAGUGGGAAAUGUCAAAAGGGUUGUUGAAUGUAUGCUUCAGUUCAGAUUUUAAAGCUUUGAUAAUGGCAUUCUUAAAUGAUAAGAUACCAUGGAUGUGUCCUUUUAGUGGCCUAGAUAUGUCUAGGCUUAUGUUAGCUGUUGGGCUUAUUGUAAUGGGUUAA